CUUCACCUUCAACUCCUCUCGCACAUCAAGCACACUUUCAACCGUCAAUCUUCCGGCCUUCGUCAUAUCACGUCACUAUCAAGCAUCACCUCAACACUGCACCAAACCCGUCCUUCUACCUCUCUCGAACAAACUCGUACCUUCACCACCAGCACGUUUUCUUUGACAGCCCCCGCUGUACGUAAGACCCGAUAAAAUACGAACAAGUUUGCUCGACCGAAUUGAACUUUCCAUAACUACACCAAUCGUGGUUGUAGCAUCGUGACAAGACUUAACGUUGAAAACCCCCUUGACAUUUUACCAAUCAAUUCCAAGAUGUCGGCGUCACCGACCGCAACCUCCGCGCCUUCCCAGAAGCGGCCGCUUGAAGAGCCUUCGUCACCCUCUGGCCCUGGCGACCAGCCCGAUGCGAAAAGACCAGCGCUGGACAAAGUCAUCAAGGAUGAUGAGCCUACCUCUGGACUGUCACCUGUCCCAGAACCUGUUACCACCAUCAAUGGAGACCAUAACGAAGAGGAAGCUAAGCCUGACCCGCAGCCCGCUGUCGACGCGCCCGCCGAAUCCAACGGAGUCCAAGAUGUUCAAGGUGAUACUGUAGUGCCCGACGCACCUUCUCAAGCCGGUCAGCAUGUCCUAGAGACUCAGCCAAUCCAGUCAACCUCAUCGUCUAACGGUCGCACCAAUGGCCAGUCUGCUGCUCAUCAGGACGAAACCGGCUGGCUGCACAUUCGUGCUAUCAUCUCGAGUGCCGAGGCUGCGACUGUCAUUGGCAAAGGUGGCGAGAACGUGACCCUAAUCCGCAAGAUGUCGGGCGCUAAGUGCACUGUCAGCGACUAUUCUCGAGGAGCUGUAGAACGUAUCCUCACAGUUAGCGGUUUGGUAGAUGCUGCGGCCAAGGCGUUCGGUCUCAUCAUUCGAACACUGAACAACGAGGCUUUGGAGUCAGCAUCGACCCCCCAAUCCAAGACUUAUCCUCUGCGCCUUCUUAUCCCUCACAUCUUGAUCGGCUCCAUAAUUGGUAAGCAAGGUGUGCGUAUUCGAGAAAUCCAGGAAGCUUCUGGUGCACGCCUUAAUGCCUCUGACUCUUGCCUUCCUCUCUCAACGGAGAGGUCCCUCGUAGUUCUUGGCGUAGCUGACGCUGUACAUAUCGCUACUUACUAUGUUGGGAGCACUUUAGUCGAACAGCUUACAGAAAGAUUUGGCGGCCCAGCCGCAUCUGCCUACGCUUCUCGCAACGGUGGUCCUGCUGGUGUGGUACCAGGAGGUAUGCAGGUUGUCCCCUACGUACCCCAACCUGCUGGCGGUCAAUGGGGUCAUCCAGAUACCUAUAACCAACGUGGUCAACGCCCACAGCAACAGCAGGUACAUGCAAGGACCCCCGCUCAACAGUAUGGCUCUCCGUACCAUCAACCAGCGCAGGCUCCUGGACCACCUAUGCACUUUGGUGCUGGAUCUCCUCGUCAGCCCGGAUAUAACAAUACUGGCCCACAGCAGCCCCAGCCUUAUGGUGCUCAUCCCGGCGUUCAUCAAGCCGGCCCGACCGGACCAGCUCCUGCACCACAAGCGUUGCAAACCAUGCCAGGCACGGGUGGCGGUCCAUUGACUCAACAGAUAUUCAUUCCUAACGACAUGGUCGGUGCCAUCAUUGGCAAGGGUGGAGCGAAGAUCAACGAAAUCCGACAGCUCAGUGGCAGUGUCAUCAAGAUUAACGAGCCUCAGGACAACAGCAACGAGAGACUUGUGACGAUCACUGGUACGCAGGACUGCAACCAAAUGGCGCUGUUUAUGCUUUACUCAAGACUUGAAAACGAAAAGCAUCGAGUCUAACAAAUGCAAGGAGAAAGAACGAAACAAAGGGCUGCUUAAUAUCCCAGGUUUCGGGCGAGGACAUCUUUCUUGCAAGCAUGUCGUUGGGUUAUCUCAACAUAUUCGGAAUUGUAUGCACUAAUUAUUCCCAUUUCAACCUUGAUCCAUAGGAGGUGCACGUUGGUCGGCGUGCGAGAGCCUUUCGUGGUAAGUUGCGUCAAGGCAAGCCAUAAUUGGGCAAAUGCAGAGACCUAGGCAGGAUGGAACAAUGCUGGGCACUAACAAAAAUAA